AUGAAAAUGAAAACUGUAUCUCUGUUUUUGAUAAUCUGUACAGCUGCUUUAGUGAAUGGAACUCCAUGCUUGACAUUUGGACCAUUAUUGGAAAUGAUGAUCAAUAGAGCUCUAGGGUUUAGAAGAUUUGGACCAGAACCUGGUGUGUGGUAUGGUGGAGCUCCAAUGAUUCCUACCUAUGGAGUAAAUAGAGGAUUUAUUCCAGUAGGCAAUGGUGGUGGUGUUGAAUAUGGAGGUGGUGGAGGUGGUGGUCCUGUAUACCAAAAUGGGAAUGGAGGCUAUGGAACUGGAUAUGGCCAGCCUAGCGGUGGAGGUGGUACUGUCGAGAAUGUUGAAUAUGGACGAUUACGAAGAGUAUAAACUGGAAAUUAAAAAAAACGAAUAUUGAAUGUUGAAUUGAGUAAAACAUUUAAUUUACUUACAAUUUAAAUGCUACUACAAGUUAUUUAUAAAAUUGAAAUUCAUUG